CGUAUUAGCGGCGCGAAAUUGUCUACUUUAAUGCAUUCGAAUGCCUUAUUGUGUCGCAUGAAUCUAACUUAUGAGAACUUCUUAAUAGAUUAGAAGGACCUGCGGAGGUCCAAAAUUUCUUCCUGGGCAGCCGAAAGAAAACUAACGAAGAGAAGGAAUACACACAGAAAGUGAUGUCUGUCAGCUCUCUUUGUAUCUUUUUUGUCCAUAGAAUUAUUGUGAAACGAUUGAUUUUCUAAUCAUCAUCCACUAAAAAAACAAAAAACUUCCAACUAUUCGGAAGGUGUGUUCCCUCUCUUCCGACUUUAAGUUACAUUUCUAUAGAUGAUAUUUAUAAAAUAGACCGAAAAAAAUGUACUGAAAAGACAAUCAUCAUUGCUGAUCUACUCAAAUGAUGAAAGUAUUCCAAGGUAAGCAUGAUUUGAGCAACAUAAAAACACGCCUGAUCUUAGGGGUAUUUGACUAUGUUUUUACGAAGCAAAAUGACAAAAUAAGUCGUGUGUAAAUUUUUAUUCUUCCAUUCUUUUGAAUGCCACAUUUCUCGACAUUGUGCAAUAAUAUUUUUUGCCGUCCACAAUUUUAUAGUGAAACAGUCAUCAGCAAUAAAUCAGAGUCUAAUAUCAAAGUACAUUUAUACAAUUGAACGAAAUCUAAUUGCAAUCGGUGUGCUAGAUCCAAACAAGAGCAACGAGUUUAUACAAUAUCAAAGUUGCGCAGUAUUGCUAUUCAACCACCAUGUACCUCAUCCGUACCGCGUUGUGUACCGAUUAUAUAUUCGUUUAUUCACAUUUCAUCUUACAACUAUAGCUCCUGUAUAUUCUGCAAAUUGAACACUGCUAAUCAAGCAAAUGGUUCCAUUGUUAUCGAUGGAUUCUUUAAUUGUUUGUUGCAUUUUUACAGUCAAAACUAUGAUGUAGGCUAUAAGUGGUAUCUGAAAAAUUUAUCAUAAACAUUCAUUUAUCCUGCGUCACUACUUUUUUCAGGAAUGGUGUGUAGUCUAUCCAACUGCCUGAAAAUUUAAUUCUGAUGCACUAUUCAUUUGAAAAAAUGCUUCCUUUAAAAAAGAAAGUAUUCUACUUAUAACAGUAACGUACACGGAACUACGUUGAUGUCGCCAAGUGUGCACACACACGUUUUCCUUUCUCUAUGUACUCACAUAAUACGAACCAUCAAAAACUAUACUUUUUCUUUCUAGUCACAUCAAAAAAGUAUCGCUGUUGCAAGUGGUCAUACCAGAGAGGUUUUCUUUUGUACGAGACGUGAAUUGUUAGUUUAUUACACUGUAUCUGAUGGAGCCUUGUUCUUACAAUGUAACGCCAAUAUACUGUUGUUUGCUCAAAGGAGACAACAUACUAGGAGGCAACAACAAGGCAGCAGUAUUUUAGGUUUGAUUAUCAAAGAAAUCAGUGGAAUGUAUAAAAUUGGUUGUAGAGGGGAAAAAUUAAUCGUCUCUAAGGCCAUCAUCAAUGUGAGAAAUGUGAUUCAAAAAUAUUAAAAAUAGUUGAUAUUAACCUUGAAGAACACAGUUUGAGUACUACUAUUGAAAAUUAAUCUGUUCUUGGUGGACAAAAAUUCUUAAAUGUAAUUUAAACCUGAAAGUGAGGCGCCUAAACGGACAUGGAGAAAGCAGAUGGUAGUCGACUGGCUCGUCGCCAGAAAGAUCAAAUUUUCACCAUCGUUGACCAAGACGGAACUUCUGCAAACUGCGUGGAAGAAUCUACCUCCGAAAGAGUACAUGGCCGAUAAAGCGGCGAAGAAAUUCGGAAUGGAGAUCGUUCGAAUUCCCGUCAAACAUUGUGUACUAAAUCCCAUUGAACUUGUUUGGUUCGGCCUUAAAACUUUCGUUCGUUCUCGGAAUGUUCGGUUCAGCCUGAACGACGUUCAACAACUCGCUAAUGAAUUUCUAUCGUCGAUCGGACCCGAACACGUCGCACCGUAUUUCGAACAUGUGAAGAAACAAGAAGGCAUAUUCAAGGAAGCAGACAGAAUUGCAGAAGAACUUGAGAAUGACUUGAUCGACGACGAUGGCGGUGAAGAGACUCACGUUGAUAUGUACAGUUCAGAUAGUGACUAAAGAUGCUCUUUCACUUGAAGAGAAGAAGAAUAAAGCAGAAAAUGGGGAAAAAGUUGAUAUUUUUUAGUAAAGAAGGAAAAUGAAUUAACCUAAAGCACGUUUAGUGGAUUCAGGAAAUCUGCUAUAGAAAAACAAACUUUGCCAUCGUGAACAGCAUAAUUUAUUACCUAUCUAGAAUUUUUUUCACGAAAUUUUGAGCGAAAAAAGCAUUCUCAUAGACACCUGCAGGAAAUCCGCUCUCCUGGCCAAACCAUGCAAUUUCAUGAUCUCGCUUGACUCCCAUUUUGAAGAAGGCACUUCGGGCUACAAAACCAUGUUAAAAAAGGGUCAGAUUUCUAUAAAAAUUUUGGGAGUUCUGAGCUAGUUUUCCAAAGAUCUCCUGAAAAACCAAGUACCUGAAAUCUUUUUUGAAACCCAGUUUUGCUUACGAAAAGAUGCUCUCAAGUCUCUUCUUUCCAAUGGUGAAAACCGCACGUCUCUGUCUGGUUCCUAUCAAAAGUUAUUCAAAAAGCAACCAGCGGUUUGACCAUUGGAACGGAUAGUAGUUUGCAAAAUUGGUUGUCGAGAUUGUCCUGCGUCGUACGUUGGCAAAACUAUUAAGCGAAACCACGAUUUAAAAAGAACGUGGACAACCACAAGUGAAACAACAGAAAGUAUCUGCAUCGACAAUAGGCAGUUCUUCAGGGCUACGUCGAUCAGAUAGAAAGAAGUACAAAAUUACUUUCCAAAAGAAGAAAAUAUUAAAGGAGAAACCAGAGGCUCAACACCGAAAACGAUAAAAAUCGGCUUUAAGAAAAUAUGAAAUUGAAAUAAAACAAUUUAACUGGAAUGAAGGCAAAUUAUAGAUAACGAUUCAUCAGAUUAUAAACUUUUAAUACGUGAACUAAUUGCCAUUCGAAAAUUUGAACCAAUAUUAAACAGAACAGUCAAUUUCGUCCCUUGAUUAUUUUCCCUGAAGAGGUUCAAACUGACAAACCUACAGUGAAAAUAAAAGUUAAAUAGUGAACACUGAAGCCACAAAAUGAGACGUUUCCCAACUCUACACAUUUCUCGGCUGAAGAAUUAUGACUUUCACAAAACGUUAAGGACUUAAGUAAAAGUUGACUUUUAUGUGGACAAGCCCAUUUACUGUGUCUGAACAAGUAUCUGUAGACAUAGAAUAUUUUAUUUUCGGAUCAUUUUCGUCCUCUUGUUCAUUCCCUAAUGCAUCAUCACCAUUACAAUCAUUCCAUUACAAAUUUUCGUAUUUACAUUAUCAUUUAUUUUCAUUUGUUGUGUUUGUUAACGGCUAUAGAGCCGUCAACUGUCUAUUUCAUUACUUUCGUUUGUUAUUAUUUCUUUUGUUUUACUUUUGUCGUUGACUAUCCAAGUAGUUAGUCCUCUUUUCGUCCUCAUCACUCAUUCACCAUAUAUCUAUAUAGAUAAUUCCGCAAUAACAGUGACACACAAUUCUUUGUUCACAUAUAAACAGACAUAGAAUAGAUAGAACAAAGAGUAAGAUUCUAGAACGUUUUUUCUAUGUACAAUCACGCAUAUAUAAAGCACAUACACACAUAGUUCUUAUCACAUAGUCGCUUUUCUGAAAAGAAAAAGUCGAGUAAAAGUCAAACCAUUAAAUUAUUAUUAAAUUAUUCAAUCAAACUUCAACAUUUAAUUAAUUACAAGCCGAAACGGAGCUUUUCGAAAGAAAAACUCAAGUAACAUCAGCUGAAGAUUGACCCCUCGUAUUGAAGUUAAAAUACAAGCAAUUGUGCAGGUAUUUUGAAUUUCCUUAUUUGUAAAAAAUUCAUGCAUCAACUACCCGUGUUCAUUCAGUUUUACAUUGUAAGAAGAAAAAGACCGAUUCAUCUUUUUUAUUCGAACGACAAAAUCUUGUAGUAAACUAAUAAUAAACAGAGUUAUUUUUCAAGAUAAGUCGCGUUAAAAUCUUCAUUUAGAUUAAUAAUAAUCGAAGCUAUCCUUUGAAAUAACUGUAACUAAAAAUAUUCUUUUAAACUAAUAAAAUAAGGAGCUAUCUUUAAGAUAACUCGAUCAUUUAUUAACAAAGAUGGCGACUGGAACCAGAAGAAACGUUAAAGAGCAUAAUUUACAGUUAAAUACCGGAAACUCUAUCACAAAUUCACGAAAACAAAAACGAUACAUCACAGAUGUAUCACCAACGACGCAUCAUCACCAAUUCCAUCUCCGUCCAUAAAUAAUUCUCCAACGUCUAGUCCAUCUCCAGCUAUCAACUGGUUCACAUCAUUUCCAACAUCAGUACCGCUAAAAGAAAUCAAAAUGACCUCAGACACAAAUUCUCUUUUAAGUAUGGCACGGAAGAAUUGAUAUAAUGAGUUGGAUAAUUUUUCGGGUCUAGCAUCAGACAAUGCUGAAAAAUUUCUUAAAUCAAUUAAAAACAUCUUCAAAACAGAUGAGAGUUUAAAUGAUCGACAGAAAUUAGAAAUAAUACGUGUGCUAUGACAAUUCCGAUUCCCCAUUUGCAGAUUUAUUUGAAUUUGAAAUAGCAUUCGUUAGCAGAUAUUCAUCGUUAUUAAAUAAACUCACCAAAUUUGAUAAAUUAUUACAACGUAAACAGCAAGAUAAUGAAUCAGUGACAAAUUAUUAUGAUGACAUCGUAACAUUAUGUCGCGAAGCACCAUUCGAAUCAUUGAUAAAUUUCUUACAAGUAGCUAAAAAAGAAGAUUUGCAGAAAACUUUAGAAAAACCAUUAAAUGCUGAUUUUAAACGAGAACAACCAUAUUUUACAUUUGAUAUACAACGAGAACCAACAGUUCAGGACAACGUAUAUCAUCAUCCAAAUUCUUCCUUUCGCAGUCAACGUUCAUUCGUUAAUCCACUUCAAAAAUCGACUUUAUCCAAUACUCAUCCAUCAGCAAAUCGGAAUCAACCAUCAUUUUAUUCAAUUUCAAAUUUUCGAAUUUUAUACAUUCCACUGAUUUCUUUGAUAACCAAACCUAAAAUAUUUGGUGGAUCAGCAACAGAUCUAUCCAUUAAUGGCACUGGAACUCUGACAUGGCCGCCGAGUGUAACGACUGGCAAAUGA